CAAAGAGUGACUGAGUCAUAUUUGGUGGGGAUUCAGAGGAAAAAAUCGCUUUCUCUUUCUGUCCCAAAUGCUCCAGAAAAUGUUGCACCACUGAGAAGAUGCGAUGGUGGACAGUGACUUCAGAAAGCGGUGUUGUUUCUCUCACACUUGACAACAGAAGAGACGGCCUGAACAUCGCAAAUGGUCUUGAAUUUUGCAACUGAUCUGGUUUCCUGUGGCUGAAAGACGCUGGGGUGCCUUCAUACGCCAUGGGGGUGUUGCAAUCGCACCCGAAUGUAGCAGAUGUGACUCAGCCGUGGAAGUUUAGUUAUUUGAGGAAUGAUAAACACAUCACGCAGAUGCAGAGCUGAUGGUCUGAUGAUCUGCCGUGGCUGCGAUGGCUCUCCCGAGAGCACCCGACGAUAGAUGGGCCUGGAGCUGAAUCACAGGAUCCUAUCCAUGAUGGCACUGGAGCCCGGCCUUGUGGCACUCAGGGAACUGAGAGUGAGGCGAGUGGCGCUGGUGGACCAGUUAGAGGAUCAUAUUGGCUCUUUGCUGGAGCAGCUGCUCCUCAAGAGGGUCUUCACCAGAGAUGACUGCGAGGAGGUGGUCUAUGAGCGGGGCCCCCGUGCCAGGGUGCGAAAAACAUUGGACAUCCUGUCCUGUAAGGGGGAAGAAGUGGCCCUGGAGUUUCUACUCAUGUGCAGUCAUCUGCAGGAAACCAGAAGAGAGGAUGGAGUGCAGUCAGUCAACCAGACCCAGUCGGCUGAAUACCUCAAAGCGAUACAAAAGCACAAACAGACUCUGAAACGGCGAAGCGAGUGUAUGCACUGUUAUAAUACUCGCCAUGGAGAGAAAAUCCGCUUCUCUGAACAUUAUGUCAAUCUUCUAAUUGUGAAAGGGCAUCACAGCCUGGAAGUCAAAAAGCAUGAGUUUCUGGCCUUUGGGCAACAGAGGAUUUCGCUGCAGCGCAAAGAAGUGGAGCAGAGAAUGAUCAAGCCAGCGCAGCUGUUUAUGGGAAGUCAACCCCCCAAGAAGGUUCUGGUCACCGGAGUGGCUGGCAUUGGUAAAACAGUGCUGGUGCAGAAAAUCCUCAGUGACUUUGGGAGCAACCAAGCACAUCAGACCUUCGACUUUGUGAUACAGUUGACCUUUAGGGACCUUAAUUUGAUCGACCGGCCUAUCAGCCUUCGAGAGCUGCUACUGCGAAAGAACGGACACCUCGCCCGGGAAAUAGAUGCUAUCCUCUCCAGGGACGACAAGUUGCUGAUUGUUCUCGACGGAUUCGAUGAGUUCAGACACUACAAGGAGUGCGAGGUCGAGGAGUUUGUCACGGAGCCAGAUCAGGAGGCCGAGGUUGUGCAGGUGAUCUCUAGCCUGAUGCAGGGUGAGCUCCUUCCGGAGGCUUCCGUCCUGAUCACCAGCCGACCCACAGCCAUCAGCCAUAUCCCCAUCAACUGCAUUGACUCCUUUGUCAUUAUCACCGGCUUCUCCCUGGCCGAAAUCCGGGACUUUUUCAUACGAUACUUCGUGGAGCCAGCCCUGGCAGAGAGGAUGUUUCGCUGCGUCGAGACAAACAGUCUGAUGCUCACCCUGUGCUACAUACCUGCAUUCUGCUACAUCAUGUGCAGCAUCCUGAGCAGCAGUGAUGGCUUCUCCAGCCAGACCCCCAGAACCAUGACGGAUGUCUACAGCCAGUACCUGGUGGCCCUACUCAGGUCUCACACUCAAAGCAGGCUGGAACCACUCAAGACCGGUGCUGAGAUAGAGACUCAAGAGAAGUUGUCUGAUAUUGUCCUUGGCCUGGGGAAGCUGGCCUACGAAAAGCUCCUGAGUCAUGAGACCCUCUUCUACGGACAAAGCGCUGAGUUCCACCAACUGGCUAGCAGCAGUGUGGUCAGCACCUUCCUGGACAAGACAUCAGUCCAGGAGCAGGGCUGCACGGAGGAUGUCUACUCAUUCACACACUUUACUGUGCAGGAGUUUUUCGCAGCCCUCUACUAUGCACUGGGUGACCAGAUAUCGCUGGAUAUCCUGGAAAGCAAGGCUGGCUCCAGUCACGAGCUGAGUACAGGGUACCUGGACCUAUUCCAGAGGUUUCUCUCUGGGCUGCUUGCUGAGCGGAACCAAAGCCUUCUAUCACGCCAUCUGCAGCUGGGGAGGAACAGCAGAGCAGAGGGGUACCUUUCCGGACUGCUGAAAAACAUCUGGAGUCGAUGCGAGAAAGGAGUCCAUAUCCUCAAUCAGCUUCACUGUUUCUUCGAGCAGCAGGACAGCUCCUUGGCCCAGCAGGUCCACCCUAAGGUGUUGCGCAUCAACGUCAGCAACGACGCUCUCUCCCCAAUGGACUUCACAGUGAUGAAGUACUUCCUGAACCUCAUGGACAGUAACAUAACUGAGCUGGAUCUCACGGGGACCAACAUCAGCUCAGAGUUUCUGAGGGACUUGUUGCCAUCCCUGCGCAAGUGCCACAACCUCUGGAUUGGAGAAAACAAUCUCGACACCGAUGCUGUUCAAGUGCUUGCUGAGAUUUUGCAAUCUACCAACACUUUGCUGAACCUUGGCUUAGGCUGGACUAACAUUGGUGAUGAGGAACUGCUUAUUCUUCUAGAAGCUUUGAAAACAAACCAAACACUACGAGAGAUCUGGAUGGAAGGGAACAAAAUAACCUACCAAGGCCUGUCAGCAUUUAUGGAUUUUACUUUGCCAUCAUCUCUCCACAAAGUAGUUGCUGUUUGGAACAAUGUAAGUGAAGAGGAAAUAGAAGCGCUCAACAUAACAUACCCCAGGACAUGCUUUGUAGUGGCAUUCACCGAGGACAGCAUGUGGGAGGAGUGGGGAAGGUGGGUGCUUGACAGGUGUGAGGUCGCAACGGACGAGAAGCUGGUGGCCAUCCUGUACAAGGUGUGCAACAUAUCUGUCCAUCAGGUAGAAAUACAGUGGGUGCGGACCUUCUGCUGCGAGCUCAUACAACUGAUCAAGACCCGGAUAGACAGUAAUACUGACGAAGAUGUGAGAUGCAAGUUGGAGAAGUUUCAGAAAAUGUUGGAUUCCUGACAUACGUGUUUUUCACUAGCCAAAAGGGUAAAACAACAUGGAAGUUGUUCACACACAUUUUCUGAACCGCUUGUCCCAUACGGGGUCGCAGGGAA